AUGUAAAUUAAUAAGGAGAAUUAUUUAAAGAACAAUUAAAUAGACUUCUUAUUUAUUGAUUAACAAGAAAUUAAGAUUUUCAUCAAGAGAUUAUUAUGUACUGUAAUAUAGAUUAUACAAUUAUUCAACUCCUUGUUGUUUUUUAAUGAUCAAUUUAACCUAGCGUUGUUUUUUUCAAAUGACAUCACUUCAAUUUAAUAAGAAUUUAUACAAUUAAAUAUUGAGUUUUUCCCUGCACUAUUGUCAGAAUUGAUUGAAGAUAAGAAGCCAAUAAAUUAGGGAAUGAUGGUGUCAUUAAGUUAUUUGAGGAGCAUAAAAUUAAAAAGCUUAACUAUAUGA